AGAGCUUGCCCCGACCCUAAACUCUCUCUCUGCUGAUCUUGUAGUGAAGGUACCAUACGGGUUCACUUCGAAACUCCGUCCCGAACCACGAGGAAGAGCACAGUUAUGGCGGCAGCGAUCACCAGUGGCUCCCGUUUGAGUUCCUACUCUCCGUCGGCGUCACUGUCUUCGUCGUCUUCAGUCUUUAUCGGCCGAUUUCGCCGGCAACCUCUUCGACCGGUCUUUCGAGCCUCUAUUUCGUCGUCGUCCGUGCGAAUGGUUGGCACCGGUUUCCAUAUUGCUUGCCGGUCCUCAGCUCCUACUGCGUCGCCUAUUUUAUCUUCUCAUGAAAGUGGCGAAAAAACACGAUUGAAGGAUUUUAUUCAUAUUAGUGAUUUUGACAAUGAAACAAUAAUGAAAAUCCUUCAAAAUGCCACUGAAGUCAAAGCAAUGUUGAAGUCGGGAGAUCGAACAUUCCAACCAUUUAAAGGGAAGACCAUGGCAAUGAUUUUUUCGAAGCCAUCUAUGAGGACUCGUGUUUCAUUUGAGGCAGGGUUCUCUUUACUUGGUGGGCAUGCCAUAUACUUAGGGCCCGAUGAUAUACAAAUGGGAAAACGGGAGGAGACUCGUGAUGUUGCUCGAGUGCUUUCUCGUUAUAAUGACAUUAUUAUGGCACGUGUUUUUGCUCAUCAGGAUAUUCUAGACCUUGGAAAGUUUGCUUCAGUCCCUGUUGUGAAUGGUCUGACUGACUACAACCACCCUUGUCAGAUAAUGGCUGAUGCACUUACAAUAAUUGAGCAUAUUGGCCAACUGGAAGGUACAAAGAUCGUCUAUGUUGGGGACGGAAACAAUAUUGUGCAUUCGUGGUUAAUGUUAGCAUCUGUUGUCCCACUUCACUUUGUGUGCGCUUGUCCUAAAGGCUUUGAACCUGAUGAGAAGACUGUUGAGAAGGCAAGGAGUGCUGGUAUCAGCAAGAUCGUGAUAACUGAUAAUCCAAGGGAAGCGGUUGUGGGAGCUGACGUAGUCUAUUCUGACGUCUGGGCUAGCAUGGGUCAAAAGGAAGAGGCUGCUUUUAGAAGGCAAAAAUUCCAAGGAUUCCAGGUUGAUGAAGCCAUGAUGGAACUGGCGGGCCCUAAAGCCUAUUUCAUGCAUUGCCUCCCCGCUGAGAGAGCAGUCGAGGUUACAGAUGGUGUCAUGGAAGCUCCCAACUCCAUUGUUUUCACGCAGGCUGAAAAUCGGAUGCACGCUCAAAAUGCCAUUAUGCUGCACCUGUUUGGUUUUUAGAGUUUUUUUUUUCACAUCCACUGUUAUUCUUCAGUGGGUGCAAGUUAUGAGGUGUAGUUGUUUAGAGCUGGUUCAAACUUUAAAGUCAGGGGACUUGUAUCUUGUCAUCAUUUGUUUGUUCCAUGUUUUCUGGUGGUGGUCUCUGCUGUUGCUUGAUAAUUUGAGAAAAUAAUUUAAUAAUAAUAAGGUUUUGCUUA